UGUUGCGGAAGGCAGGAGCGGAGACCCGGCACCGGGCGCCCUUGGCCGCGCUGACGGUGGGACCCCUCCCCACCGCAACAGCUGCUUCUCCCGGCGGCUCCCCUGGCAGCGGCAAACCGGCCGCAUGUCCGCCGUUCGCGCGGGCCUGGCGCGGUUCCCCUCACGGCACCGUCCCGCCGGUGCAGCGCUGCGGGUUUAACCGCGACCCCCGGGGGGGGGGGGGAAGCUGCGCGCUGAGGGACCGGCCCGCCACCACCCCGUGACGCCACGCCCGGAGAAGCUGCUGAUUGGUCCGCCACCGCCCGGUGCUACGACGUGUCCGGCCGUGAUUGGCCAUGGAGGAGCCGGGUCAGCAGCAGCGGGCACGCGUGCGGCGGUACCGCUUCACGGCGGGGCGGGCGGCGCUGGUGCUGCGGGUGCCGGAGGUGCCGGACUCGCAGUACGGCACGUACGUGUGGCCCUGCGCCGUGGUGCUGGCCCAGUACCUGUGGGCCCGGCGGGGAAGCCUGCCCGGAAAGCGGGUGCUGGAGGUGGGAGCGGGUGUGAGCCUGCCUGGCAUGCUGGCUGCCAAGUGUGGGGCUGAGGUGAUGCUGUCGGACAGCGAGGAGCUGCCGCGGUGCCUGCAGAGCUGCCGGAGGAGCUGCCUACUGAAUGGGCUGCCCCACGUCCCUGUCCUGGGGCUCACCUGGGGGCGUGUGUCCCCGGAGCUGCUCUCUCUCCCGCCUGUAGACAUCAUUUUAGGAUCGGAUGUCUUUUUUGACCCCAAAGACUUUGAAGAUAUUUUAACUACAGUUUGCUUCUUGCUGGAAAAGAAUCCACAUGCUCAAUUCUGGACUACUUAUCAAGUCCGAAGUGCUGACUGGUCUAUCGAAGCUUUGCUCUACAAGUGGAAACUGAGGAGCAUUCCCAUUCCCUUGCACUCCUUCGGAGCAGACAAAGAGCACUUGGCCAGCUCUCCCCUACCAGGAAGACAUACCAUUGAAAUGAUGAUCAUCUCACUAGCACAAGCAGAUGGUACUUAAGUUUAUUCCACUUGUUGUUUCCAAUACAAAAUGAUACUGAACUGGGAACUGUGUGUUGUAGCACAGACCAGCAGAAAACAGUCCUGUUUAUAGCAAACCUCAUGCAUAUUUGGUGGGAAGCAGAUCCCUUUAAGUAAUCCUUAAAACAUGCAUCGUAAAAAUAAAGCUGUUUGAUUGUUCAGCUAUGGCUUGAGAAAUUUGUGCUCCUCUCCAAAGACCGUGGCGUAGUUCAAAGACUCAAUGUCAUUUUGUGAGUGAACCUCUAUACAACAGAGCAGAACCACCUGACAAGCCACAAGAGCGAAGCUGAAUUGACACCUUCAGCUUUCAAGAUUAAAGAGAGUCAGAUCUGUUUCCCAGGACUGAGGCUUUUCCCCCAAAGAUUCACGUCCAAAACCCAGCCCCUCUGUUUUGAAAUGACUCGGUCUGGUCAUGCAGCCCUGGAACAUACAAACUCCUCCAUUUGUAGAAAAGUACUUUUAAUCCUCAAUCAAGCCAAAUUGCAAGUAUUCAGAUGCUUCCAUUCCCAUUUAACAUACAUGCAUAAAAGUUAACAAAGCGUUACAAUAACCCUUGACACACGAUGGUUGAAGUUACAAUCUAUUUGGUAUCCAAAUCAAGAAAUAGAAAUCAGCACUGUAAGAUGAGCUACUGCCAAGCAGCGGCUUGUUGCAUCAGGGCAAGUACACAGCAAAUGCAAUUAGUACUGCUCCAUGCCUAUCUUCAUAACAACAUCCAACAGACCUGUUUGGUUUGGGGUUUGGCCUCUGGUGUGCACCACUUGCCAUACAAUGUUUGAGUUAGUCACAAUACUGGUUAAAGUUUGCCCUUAGUAAUUGAAAAGCCACCCCAGGAGAUAAAAUUCGUAAGCAGUAGAACGCAUUCAGUUACUACAGAGAAGUUAAACAUUGUCAGUGGAAUUGCAGAAAUCUUUCCAAGCUAAAAAUAAGCUGACUCAGACAUUAAGUUGAGAAAAGUUAACACAGAAAAAAUGUUUAAUUAAACUACAGAGACAGUGGGUAUAGUACAGAAUGUCUUAAGCAAAAGAUACACCAAUCAGUUACUUACAAAGGAAUGAACCAUUUCUCUUGUCUUAACAUUACAUUUCUCGUAUAUAUAAGUUCAUAUAUGUAGGUUGGUAAAGUUUUACCAUUCUGGAAAAAAUAAGGUGUGUAUAUCAUCAGCUAGAUGUGCUCACUGUAUGCUCCAUUAUUUAUACGCAAGGCCCGGGUGACUGGAAGUGCAGUUGUCAGGCAUUUUAAUUAACUGGACAGCCAUUUGUUUCUGCACGACAAGGCAUCGUUACACAGGAGCAAUCAGGAGAAAACAGGAAACAGCCAAGCACUCUGCACUGCAACACGCCACCUUAACAGCUAACCAGCAUUACUCAACUGCUACACAACUGCGCCUAGUGCACAAAAAUACAUAAGAGAAGAGAUUAGAAUUGAGGCUGAUAAAACAAUCCUUUUUCAAAUAUUAACUGUCACCUGAAAAGAUUUCUAUCAAUUUGAAUUUAAAGAUACUAUUUUAAUUCAAAGUCAUAAUAAU